CUUGGUGGAUGGGGAGCGGGUGGCGGCGUGCAUGUGCAACCCGCCCUUCUACGGCGAGAACGAGGCGCCGCGCGGGCGAGCGGACCGCGCCGGCGAGCGGGGAGCGGUGCGAGGCGUCGAGGAGCGAGCUCUUCACGGCGGGCGGCGAGGUCGGCUUUGUCUCGCGGCUGAUCAGCGAGUCGGCAGGCAUGCGCGACGCCGCCGGCUGGUUCUCUUCGCUCGUCGGGCGGAAGGCGUCGCUCUCGCCGCUGCUGCAGAGGCUCGACGAGGCGGGGGCGGUGCACGUGCGCACCACCGAGCUCGCGCAAGGCCAGCGCUCCGACCUGCAACGCACCACUUCGCGAUGGGUCCUCGCGUGGUCCUACGAGCCGUCGGCGGUGCCGCGCGAGCAGGCGCGAGCCGCAGCCGACUCGCGUGGCAGGGGCGGCGGUGGCGGUGGAGGCGAUGACGACGGUCCUGGUGGCGGCGGCGGCGACGCGGACUACGAGGAGGCUGCCGGCGACGGCGGGGAAGGCCCGAGCGGCCGGCGGUGGGAGCGCAAGCAUGGGAAAGGUAAGAGGACGCGGAGAGCGGGCAAGGAGUCAGGCGGUCGGAAGGGGAGAAAGAAGGCUGCGAGGGUAGAGUGAGUGUGAGAUCCGUUUAACGAAACGAACAAAACACUC